CAUUUGCUUAAAAACAAACCGCGGCUGCAGUCCGACUUAGACAGUCUAGACACGCUUCUGAACCACGGAACCUCAAUCUAUAGCUUACAAUAGCAUAGUUCACAUAGAAACAAUUAACAGCGCACCUCCUCUCAGUACUUUCAGCAACUUCUUUGGACUUACUGCUCUAAUAAUGGCAAGUUAAACUACCUAGAGGAAUAUAAGGGGCUGAAUAAGCACUGCAUGGACGACGUUUGAGAAUGGAUUCGGGUUGAUUGAAACGAGGCUAUUGUGCACUACUUGGAACUUUAGGCUGUUAACUAUUGCGUGCAUCAAUCUCACUGAAAUUAUAAAUAUCUUGUUCCUGAUAGACCGUGUCUUACAGGCAUUGUCCUUAUGAACUCCUGCUCGGUCGUUGCAGAGGAUACAUUUUAUCCGAUAAUGGACUCUUAGCAAAUCUUUUGGACACCUUGAAUCAUUUCUUCAAGACGAGGAACGACAAAAGGUGUUAUUGGAGGAAGUAGACCGCGAGCAUGGCGAUGGUUGCUCAGUUAAGUAUUGCUGGAGUGUGUCUGCUCUCACUGGUGAAAAUAACCUGCGAGGAACUUAUAUCCGCGGACGUGUUCACCUACGAGCACCUGGACAUUCUCCAAGAGCAGAGGGAGUCGGGCCUGGAGCCGCACGGCAGGCGAUGGAAGAGGUGGCUCUCCCCGGCCAGGUUGGACGAGCCCUCCCAGCGGCACUACCAGGAGAGGCCAGAGCCGGAGCGCUUCCCUGAUGUGGUGACAGACGACAGCCAGGACAACAGCUCUCAGAUUGAGAGAGACAUGGAUCACAGUUACUACAUCUCCAAAAUGUAUGGACCCUCGGACGCCGCCAGCACUGAGCUGUGGGUGAACAUUGAGCAGAUGGACAAGGCAAAGAUCCACGGGAUCCUCUCCAACACCCACAGACAAGCAGCGAGAGUGAAUCUCUCAUUUGACUUCCCUUUCUAUGGGCACCUGCUGCGAGAGAUUACUGUUGCCACCGGCGGUUUCAUCUACACCGGCGACAUCAUUCACAGGCUGCUGACGGCCACGCAGUACAUCGCCCCUCUCAUGGCCAACUUUGACCCCAGUCUGUCCAGGAACUCCACCGUCAUUUACUUUGACAAUGGCACAGCUCUGGUGGUGCAGUGGGACAACGUCCAUCUCCAGGACAGCUUCCACCUCGGGAGCUUCACCUUCCAGGCCAUUCUGCACAGCGAUGGACGCAUCGUGUUUGCCUACAAACAGGUUCCUGUGGACAUCAGUGACAUCAGCUCUGUGAACCACCCUGUCAAAGUGGGACUGUCUGAUGCGUUUGUCGUUCUGCACAAGAUACAGCAGAUACCAAACGUGCGCCGGAGGACCAUCUAUGAAUACCACCGAGUGGAGCUGCUGAAAUCCAAGAUCAUCGACAACAGUGCGGUGGAGAUGCUGCCGCUGCCCACCUGCCUCCAGUUCUCCAGCUGUGAGCCAUGUGUCACCGCUCAAAUCAACUUCAACUGCAGCUGGUGCAGCCGACUGCAGAGAUGUUCCAGUGGAUUUGAUCGAAACCGGCAGGAUUGGGUGGACAAUGGAUGUCUAGAUGAGGUGAGAAACCAGAGUUGUGCGCUCAGCAUGGACAUGAGCGCCACGCCUUCAUCGCCCGUGGCAACCACAGACAACAACGUCAAGGCAACAACAGCGGGACAAAGACCCACCACCUUUGCCUCCACCACCCUCAUCUCUACCACCAUCUCCACCACCAGGAGAACAAACCCGACGUUCUUCACCACCCAGCUGCCAAGCAGCAUUCCCACUGAGGAUGACACGAAGCUUGCGCUGCACUUGGUUGAUGAAGGAUCCAGACAGGUAGCGGACAGCGAGGAGCAGCGCGAGGACCGGCUGCAGACUGGACUGCUGGUGGGCAUCCUGUUGGCCAUGGUGCUGAUGGUGGCCGCUGUGCUGGUGACCGUCUACAUGUACCACCAUCCAACCUCCUCCGCCAGCCUCUUCUUCAUAGAGCGGCGACCUGCCAGAUGGCCAGCCAUGAAGUUCCGCAGGGGGUCUGGCCAUCCGGCGUACUCCGAGGUGGAGGUGGUGGGCAGAGACAAGGAGAGCUUCAUCGUGAUGGACAAGGACGGCUACGGCGUGUCCGACCAGAGAGAGAGCUACGUGGUGACCGACCAAAGAGAGCGCUUCAUCGUGUCCGAGCAGAGGGAAUGUUUCUUGGUGAUGGACCACUGCUGACACGCGUCGCCCCCGCCUCGUCUUUGCGCUGACCUCCAGAAACACGGGGACACUGUAGCUAGCCCUGGGCCAGCACAGGCACUGUGAGUCGGGCAUGUGCUAAGACGAAACUCCACAGUGACCGUUCAAACUACAUACUUGCUUGUCCACUAUCUCGCAAGACUGACCACACAAACACACACACACACUCAAAUAAGCAACACCGUCUUCGCAGUUGUUAUAUUAGCAAUGCUGGAUUUGCACUAUAUCAACAGACCCAGAGAUAGGACUCAAGAAUGUGAAUGUACAGUAUCUGAGGUCUUCUCCAUGGCAUAAGGACUUUGUUGACUAUGUAAAAUUGAGAGUGCACACUCAGUCGAUGCCGUAUUAAUUACACGUUGCUAAUAAUGUUACUAGAUCUACUGUAAAGCACUGGACUGAAUACUUUGCAUGUUAUUUUUUUUAUCACACUAUUAAAUUUAAAUUUUAAAAACUCUAAA